GGCAUGAUAUCUAAUUUAUAAAACGGAGAUCGGCAAAGGGGAAUCAGCUGACGAAACGUCACAUGGCAUAUUAUCAAUAGUUAUAGUUUAUAAACAGUCUGCAUGCAUAGUGAGGAAUAGAACUUUUUAUAUUUUGAUACCAAAAAAGGUGUUUGUCUCAGCUGAAUGAUGGAUUCAAGCAAGGAAAUUGAGGAGAAAUUAGAUGGACUUGUCCUGGAGUUCUUCAGUACGCUGGAAGACCUAUACAAGGCUCAGUCAUGUCUGAAUGAGGAAAUGAAAAAUGGAUUCCUACAAAUGUCUCGGGCUCGUUACAACAUGGGUGCUAAGGCAAUUAGUCAAUCACAAUAUGAUGAGCACAAAAUGGCAGCAUCUGUUAAAGUGGUUAUUGAUGAUGACAACAAAGGAGGCAAUGCAUUUGUCAUCAAUAAUGUGACUAGAUCUGUCAAAAGUGAAAUUCCUGAAAAAGACACUGCGGUGGAAACUGUCGGACUAAGAAAACGUAAUGUACAAAAAUCUGAACAAGAUACCGAGGAAAAAGAACCAGCCAAUCAGAAGGACAAAAAUCCUGGAGAAACAAAUAUCAGUGUAGAUAAAAAAAGGUUACCUGACCCACUGAACUGGUUUGGCGUACUUGUGCCCCAGAGUUUAAGACAAAGCCAAGCUAGUUUUAAACAAGCAGUCGAACAGGCUGUGAACAUUGCAAAUCUGAAACUAAAAAUUGCAGAAUUGCGAAAAGAUUACAUAAAUUGUAUGGGAAUAAAGGUAAAGGAAAAACUGAAUGAAGAUGAUUGAUAAACAAAACUACUUUCAUAUACAAGGUACACACAUCUUAAAUUGUAGACUUAUUACAGGGUAAUUAUGUGGGAAUGAAGUUCAAGGAAAAUUGAAUGUAGGUUAUGAUUAAUAAUCGAUGCAAAAAUUUUAUAUAGUAUACAUAAUUAAAUUAUAGACUUGCUGAAAGAUUAUCUUAAUUAAUGAAUAGAAAUUAAGUCGGAGUGAAAAUAAAUUUUGGUUAGAAAUAAUCAAUAGUAACCAAAAGAGAAUGUUUAAAUGAAUGCAUUUAUAUCUAGCAAAAUGAACUGUUUAGUGUUGAUAUGUGUAACUAAUUUGUAGUCUAGUAUAUGACACCAGUUUGUUACUGGUAUACAUGUAUAUGUUGAUUUGUUAACUGAUUUGUGUAUUUGGGACCUAUUUAAUAAAAAGAAAAUCUUGAUGUUCCAGUUCAAGAUGAAAGAAAAGCCA